CACGUCAACGCCCAUAAUACAUAUGGCAAACAUGUCAGUCUCGACUCACUUCAGGUCACUUGCUUCCUUGCUACUCAAACCUCCCGCAGCUAUCGAGGUCCUUCCUGGCGAUGCAUCCAUCUGGAUCUCAGACGUGGUAGAACGAUCUCGUUCCCCAUUUCUGUUCAUGGAGAAUAAUCUCGGUGUACCUGAGAAAGGGCUUCGUCGGUCAUACCUCUUCGCCGUGUCUAUCUUCUCUGCUGCACGUAAGGCCUCCGGACUUCAUACACUCGAGAAUCCAUCCAACCAUACCAUGUCUUCGGUGAUUCAAGACUUGAUCGAUUCUUCUGCUGUCCUCAUUUUGAUGAAUCCGGCUCACCAAACUGCGCUCAAUGCUAGAAAGAAACUCGUUGUGCGAAACCUCAUCAAUGUGGAGCAAGAACUCAAGUUCACAGCCGCUCUACUUUCGAGCAAGCACUGUUGCAAACAGGGCGAGCUAUGGUAUCACAGGCGAUGGCUUCUCCAACGCAUAUACCCUAUCCCAAGCUUUCCUCAAGGGUUGCUUGCUGACGUAGUUCCUGAUUCACCAAAUUUCUACCUUCCCCCGAAUGACCUUUCUGUGGAAAUUAAUCUUGUCACUAGAGCUUGCGAGCUCUAUUCCCGCAACUAUUUUGGCUGGACCCAUCGCACUAUAUGCAUUCGUUCUGCACUCGUACCCGGGGUGCAUUCUACCGCCUCAGACGAGUUCACUGAAAUCCUUCCAAAAGAGAUCAUCAGCGUCAUGCAGUGGAUUGAGUCUCACAUCUCCGACUAUAGUGCUGUUCAUCACCUUAAAACUCUCGUGCGUCUCACUGAAGACGCGGAAACCGCAUUCCUGCCAGACAAUCUACUUCCCGUGAUCGGGCACGCUCUCGCGCUCGUACGUGCAUUUCCGGAGCAUGAAACGCUUUGGCAAUAUCUCCGCGUAUUUUGGGAUGAGGGGGAUGUCGCUACAGCGUUUGUCGCAUCAUUUGUGCUUCCCUUACAAAGUACUGGGAUGGCGGAGCAGGAUAACAAGUCUCGUGGCGUGCAGCAUGCCUGCCAUUUCCUCGAAUGGAGGAAUCAGAGGUUGAAUUAACGCAACUACUUGUAUUGGUAUUGCGCAGUGCGCACUGUAUAUGCUGCCGACAUCAGCUCAUGGGAACGAGCGCUGUUGACGCUCCGGGCCCCAGCUCAAAUCAAUUGCGGUUAUCUCGAAGAUCAUGCGGUUGUAUUCACCAUUAAUUAAUACCAUCGCACGUUAUCACGA